AUGGCGUCCGACAUCCAUCAAACCAGAGACGAAGAUUUACAGUCACUUGAGAAUGUAGCAACAAGGGAGGACUCGGUACUUUCCAUGUUAUCGAAUGGCUUAGCCUUCAGAAUCAGUAGCACGCCCGAAAUCCUUGGGAUGCAGACUUCUCAAAAGCAUCCGGCGCCAGUCUCGGAAUAUGACCGAGGGAACGAGAGUAUUGUGAUGUUCCCAGAGUUCAAAGUGGCAGCUCUGCUUCUACAGAGCUACGAGUCCAGUGUAGACUAUAUCGUUCGCAUCCUACAUCUUCCAACCGUCCGAUCUGUCAUCAAGCCCUUUUACCUACGACUCAACCAAGGCGAAACUGUUCAUAUCGGGCAAGCUGCGCUGCUGCUCUCCAUCUUCGCACUUGCCGCGUUCUUCUACGAGCCUUCUGAAAGUUCUAAGGUAGCGACAAACCCACAGGAUCACCUUCAUCUGUCGAAAGUCUUCUGCAAAGGGGCGCUGGAUGUGCUUGACUUUUCACGCCGGAAUACCUCUGGAACCCUUGAAGACGUCCAAGCAUACAUCAUUAUGACGGUCGUGACAUUCUACCUUGAUGGCUUCUCAGCAAGGGGUCGUCUUCUGAUGAUGUCCGCUACUACAAUUGCUAGGGACCUCGGUCUGCAUCGCUUGGAUGCCGAAAACGAGUUCUUUGGUCAGAAAACCGAGAGCGUUCGCGACUUCAUCGAUCGCGAAGUGAAACGAAGAGUAUUCUGGUUCAUAACUUCCACUGACUGGUUUGUGCUGUGGUCCACGGUUUCCGGUCCACAAGUAGGCACUUAUUUCAUUCAUCCAGAUCAUAUACAUGUCAAACUUCCUAUAGACUGCAACGACGACGACCUUGUCUUGGGAGAACGUCCUGAGCUGAUAACGGAACCUCGGCCGACUGGCAUGACAUAUUUGCUGGAAAGAAUUCGCCUGGCACAUCUGUGCCGCGAAAUAGUCGAUACCGUGCCAUUAGAGACAUCCAAACUUGAGCAAGUGCCUUACGAUCAUAUCAUAAACCUGGACAAAAAGCUGGUAGGUCUCAUUUCGAGCCUACCAUUCUUCUUCCGACUGGAUGCGGAGAGUCGUCAACGUACCAAACCGCUGGAGAUCAUGUAUCCGAACAUUCCCCUUCUGCGAUAUUGCAUCACCAGAGCGGCUCACAGCAGGCGAUGCAAGCUUCACCAGAGAUUUUUACUCCGACAGUCCUCUGAUCCCCGUUAUGCUUUCUCAAGACGAGCAUGCCUCGAAUCAGCACGCGCAGUCAUUCAGUUCCAUGAGGAUCUCGGAGGCGAUGGCCUGCCAUGGAUUGUGGCGGCACGUAUGGGAAUAGCUGUACACUUCGUGCAUCUUGCUCUGGUGGUCCUCAUCAUGGAUUUGUGCUUCAACAAGGAUCAAGCCGACGAGGCAGAAAUAAGGGCAGAAGUCAAGGCAACGUUACAAAAGUUCGAGGAUGCGAAACACGUCUCUCCACUCCUUGGCCGGUUCUUGAAGUCCUUGUGUGGGAUUGUCCGGAAGCAUAGAAUACACCCAAAUGAGUCAAGUGACUCUGCCUUGUCGAAUGAUCCAGCUCAAAGCUCCGCUCCUAUCCUGGACGAUUUUAAUCCGCCUGGAGACGAUCGGUGGCAGCCCGUACAGCUUGGUGUGGAUGGACAAAUUUCAGGCGAUGCUCUGGGGACCCCAACCUUCGACGAGUUUUGGGACAAUGCAAUGCAAGGCGAACCAGAACUCGAUCUCUCCGUCUGGAAUAACCUCUUUUCAUCUCUCGAUUCGCGGCCACUAUGA